GGCGAAUGUAUCUGCGCGACAUGCAGCCUGGAUUUCUUAUCUAUAUCAAUUCACUUUUGUUAUCAAACAUCAAUCCGGCAAGACAAACCGUGUAGCCGAUACACUUAGUCGUCGCCAUAGUUUGCUCACAACAAUGCAUUCAACGGUUCUUAGCUUUGCAUCCUUUGCUGAUCUGUAUCCGACAGACCUAUUUUUUUCUCGCAUACUGGUUGAAGCUGAACAAGGAACGCAUGGUGACUACACGGUUCAAGAUGAGUUUCUGUUUUUAGGUCUUCGUCUGUAUGUUCCAGAAUGCAGCCUCAGGUUGAAAAUAAUUAGUGAGCUUCAUAAUGAAGGACACAUAGGCAGAGAUACAACGCUUCAAUUGGUCGUGGAUUCCCAUUUUUGGCGUACUUUACGGCGAGACAUUGAGCGUUUUGUCGAGAGCUGCCGCACUUGUCAGCUUGGUAAGGUCAAAGCUUCAAAUGCAGGAUUAUACUUACCGCUUCCCAUCCCUACACAGUUGUGGUCGGACGUGAGUAUGGAUUUUCUUUUGGGGCUUCCGCGGACACAACGAGGACACGAUUCUAUAUUCCUUGUUAUCGAUCGUUUUUCCAAAAUGGCACAUUUUAUUGCAUGCAAAAAAAAUACUGAUGACGUGUUGCUACUUUGUUCUUCCGAAAAAUAUAUCGUCUACACGGCCUUCCGACGUCUAUUGUUUCAGAUCGUGAUACACGAUUUCUUAGUCACUUCUAGCGGUCUUUGUGAAAAUUGUUGGGUACGUCCCUUGACAUGAGUUCAGCGUACCAUCCUCAAAUGGAUGGCCAGACAGAGGUGGUUAAUCGGUUGCUUGGUAAUCUCCUACGUUGCCUUGUGAUAACAUUAAGACAUGGGACACUAAGCUCUACCAGGACGAAUUUGUUCAUAAUUACUCGUCCAAUCGCAGUACGGGUUUGUCUCCUUUUCGAGUUUGUUUUGGCCUUGUUCCUCUUGGUCCUCUGAAUUUCGCCACUACCCCGGACAAAACGCGUCUUCAUGGUGAAGCUGUCGACUUUAUCACCGAUUUUCAGGACAUCCAUAAGGUGACUCAGUCUCAUUUAGAAGCUGCAGCAACAAAGUACAAGAUAGCAGCAGACGCAAAGCGGAGAGAGCUUAUAUUCGAACCCGGGGAUCUCGUUUGGGUGUACUUAACGAAGGAACGUCUGCCAUUGCGUGAAUACAACAAACUAAAGUAAAAAAAGAUUGGUCUGGUCUAGGUCCUUGAGCGCAUCAACCCUAAUGCCUAUCGUAUCAAAUUACCUCCUAAUCUGCGUACUACAAACGUCUUUAACAUCAAACAUUUGUCUCCUUUUCAUGGCGACAAUGACCUCCCGGAUUCGUGGGCGAAUCCUUCGCACCCCGGGGGAUCUGAUGUAGCGUAGCCUUAUCCGACGUCCUCUUCCUUUAUUACAAAGUAUUAGGACUUUUUCUAUUUUACUACUAUGUUGGUUUUCCUUUUAUUUUUAGAAUAAUUACUUAUCCUUACGAUAAGCUUAUUAGGAAUAUGAGAUUGUUAUAAAUAGGGCAUCAAUGGCUUUGUGCAAGAUACCUUGGAUUUUAAUAAGAUAUAGAGUUUUCUUAAGAGCUUUCAUAAGCACUGCAAAGAGUAUUCGCGAUCCUAAGAGCUUUAACGAGCACUACAAAGAGUUUUCACGUCCUUAUCUUUGUUAACGAAACUACAUUCGUCGACAAGUCACCUGAGUUCGAGAUCAAACCCUAGAUAUUUGACUCAUACCGCUUCCGCACUCUAUCAACAUUGCAAAAACGUUUCUAUAUUUACAUGACUAUGUUAAUUAUCCUUCUACUAUCAAACUUUUGGAGUCGUCAUGCGAUCUUAGCCUUUGAGGGAAUCUUUCAAGGAGAAUGGAGGAAACACAUCCUAUCAUAAGACAUGUAAUGGUGUUUUAACACAUGCACUACAUUCCCAUGGUUUUCUAAAGAUAUAUGAGUAAUAGCCAAUGCUUGGGAAGUUCUUUUGUAUGCUUGUAGAAUCCAUAAAAAAUGUCGACUUAGCAGAAGAAAUCACAAAGAAGCUCUUAUCCGUGGGAUCCAUUGAAUCAAGCGUCUACCUCUUGCUUUCUAAUAUAUAUACUGACGCUGGGAUGUGGGAGAUGGUGAAUAGUGUGAGACGGAAAAUGAGCAUAAAAGAUAUACCAAACACAUAGGAUUACCUGCAAUUGAAAUCGGCUUGAGACACUCAGCUAUUGAUCCUUUAGCAUAGUGUUUGACCAAUAUGAAGCAACAAUAUAGAUGAGUAGCUCUUUAGUAACUCUUAAUAUGCAUACUCAGUUCCUGCGCUAAUCUCAUAUGUUCAUAUAUUUCAUCAAGUAGCAAGUAAACUUCAUCUGAAGUAGAGUGAGAUGUAUCAGCUGCAGCAAACAAAUGGACCCGUUUAUCUAACUGAAUCCAACUUGCCCCAGGACAUAUCUUUUCUAUACCCAACUCUAUCAUCCUUCCUCUAACCUCUGCAACAUCUCUCCACCCGUUUUCUCCUGCAUACAUGCUAAUCAAAAGGGAAUAGUACCCAUUAUUCCUCGGCUCCAAAACUAUCAGCUUGCUAAAUGCCAUCUCAGCUAUUUCCAAGUUCUUGUGAAGCAUGCACCCAUCAAGCAAAAUAACCACUUUGCUUCAAACUCUGUAUUUUUUUUUGUGAUGAAUUAAUUUCAAAGAGAAAUAUUGUACAAUUGUUCGCUUAACAGGCUGAUUGGAAAGGGAUGUAAAUGCUAUGAACAUCCAUUUUUUUUUCUAAGGCAUUUUAUUAAAAAAUCAUAUUUUAGUUUUAAAAGAUAAAUUUACAGAAAAUAAAUAGAAAAAGAAAUAUGUUACCUCUUAAACUAAAAUUUUCUAUCUACAUAAAAAAUAAAGUUAAAGUAAAAAAACUCACAUCCUAUUUUAUAAAGCAAAAAAACUAAACCUACAUUUAAAAAUAAUGAUGAGUAGUGUAUUAUGUUAUGCUCUGCCGUCUAAUUUCAUUUAGUUUAGAUGUUUACGUUUAAAAAAAAAUAUUUGCCCAAAAAAAAAUAACAUAAGAGUUGUUAUCAUAUCUCUAUAACAUUAUUUGAUUAGUCAAUUUUCUACGUGUCGCGCUAACGUUAACUUUUACAUUGGUUUAUUACACUGAUACCCUUAAUGAACUAAUAAUAUUAUUUUUGAUUACCAUUAAUAACAAUUAUUUAUGUUUCCUUUUUCUUAAUAAUUGUGAUUAACUUUUUAAUGUAAUUUUCCUUUUUUACUAAAGCAUAAAAAUAAUAAAAGGGAAAUAUUUGUAAAAUAUAAACAUAGAUUUUUAUAUAAUAAACAAAUUUUUAUUAUUCUCUAUGUUUCCUACGACAACAAAAAUAAAAAUAUCUAUAGAUUUUAAAUAUAUAUACUUAUAAAUAUAUAUAAACAUAACUUCACAAAACAAAUUAAAAAGAGAAUAACUAAGAUACUCUUAUAAAUAUCUUUUGAUCUAAUAUUCCUUUUUGAUUAAAAUUUCUAUUGAUCUAAUAAUUAAUAAAGAAAUAAUUCUAAAAAACAUAAAUGAUUAUUUAAUAUCUCAUUUAAAAAAAUUAUAUCUUGAUUAUUUUAAAACUAAAUAAAUAUUUUAAAAUUAAGGCUGCAACGAAAUAAAUAAGAUUUUUUAUUUAUCAAUAUAUUUUUAAUUGAAUGAUUAGAAUUUUUUAUAAUAAAAUAUAUCAACACUUCAAUUUUUUUUCUAAUUUUAUCGAAAACAGCAUAUAUAAAAUUACAUAAUCUUACAAAAUAUAUCUUCAUCCUAAGAUAAAAGUAAACAAAAUUUAACUUAGUAAGAUGUUAUUAUUUUAAUUUAAUUGUAACCAAAAAAUUGUAAUCAUAAAAUUGAUAAAUCCAGUAUAGUAAAACAUGAAUAACCAAUCAUUCUUAAUAUGAAAAAUGUUUUAGAAAUUAUCAUGAUUUUGUGUGUAGUAAUGUUAAAACCCCGUGUAUGAAUUUCAAAAUAUUACAAGUUAUGUUUAUUAAUACAAUUCUGAUUUAAUAGUUAUGUAUUCUUUUUUUUCUAAACAUAUACCAUUUAUACAAAAAUCUACAAAUAUAUUUACAAAUAUAAGAGGAUGAACUGAACUACAUGAAAUUAAGAAAACAAUAAUCCAAUAUUAGCAUAAAAUUUAAAUAAUAGAUGUAAUUUAACAUAUCAAAAUAAAUAUUUGAAAUAAUACAAAAUAUUAUAUGUGAAAUCACAUAUCCAAUUAAUAUGGGAAGAUAAUACAUAAUAUAUUUUUAUUAUACAUUAAAAUUACAAAAUAACUUAAAAAUUAUAACCAAUUAAAUUUUUUUUAUCAAUUAUUUUAAUUCAAUUAGUACGUAAAUGUUAUACCCGUGCAUGAACACAGGAAAAUCACUUAGUUUGUUCAGAAUUAGCUCCACACAACCAUGAUGUAUUUUAUUGAAUUGUUUCUCAUCGAAACAAUGAACCGUGAAAAAAAAAAAUAGAGUAUCUAGUUGACUAAUAUUAAACCAUAAUCAAUAUAUUUAUACUGCUGGCCUAAUUUUGAGCACAGUUAAGCUAGUUAACAAUUAUUUAUAGUUUUGUGGAGUAUUUUUUUUAACCCAUAUAUAUAUAUAUAUAUGAAAUAGCUGGACUUUUUGGAAGCGCGGUCAUAAGUCAUAACCAUUUAUCCAUCUCUAAAUUAUUGCCGCCGGCGUAUAACGAUGCUUCAUUUUUAUUAUUAAUGCAUACGUUGCACUUAUAUUAUAAUCUAUAAAGGGGUAGACAAAAAUACGAAACAAGACUUCAAAUUUUGGCGUGGCUGGCGACUAAAUCAUGCCCAAAUUAAUAGACACGUGCUGGAAUUGAAGAUGCAUGCACUUUCUUGCUUUCGGAAUGAGGUAUAAAAGUGCAGCAUGAAAAGAAGAUUCUACAUCUUUUCUAAAAAUAAAUUUGUUAUAUGGUCAAGUUUUGAUUUAAAGACUUUAUUUGGUGUAAACUAAAAAUGUUUAUUUUAAAACUUAGAUUAUAAUGCUUUGGAGUAGAAAGUUGGCGACUCCAGCCAAAAACACAAUGCUUUUAUCACAACUUUUCUUCAAACCUAGCAAUAUGGAAAAUUAAAUUUGAUGCUGCAGAUUAUUGGAUCAUACGUACAUCAAUUUAUCGAAAUCAUAAUAUUGCUGAGAGCAUGUAUCUAUAUUCAAUGCCGUCCCGUAGUCGAGAGUAGCCUAAAGAAAAAAAAAAUUGUGCGGCCUUUUACGUAAGAUACGAACGGUAAAUAGUACCACAAACAAUACAAAAAAGCUUAAAAUAAUAAUAAAUUUAGUUAGCAUAGGAAGUAUGUUGAAUAAGAUAAAAUGGAAUCAGGAUGUGAUAACAUAAAGUCAAACGAGGUAACAAUUUGUCCAAAAAAUUAUAUGAAAUAUGGAACCUUAUUUUUACUAUAUAAAAUGUGGCCUCAAGCAAGUGCUUCACCUGCCUUAUGGCAGGGACGGGACUGUCUAUAUUCCAAUAAGGGUUUGGUUCUUUGAAUUCAAGUAUUUUGUAAACACAUAAGUUUUGUUAAGAAAACAGUAAAACUAACAAAAUGUAAUAGCUUCAAACACCAAAAGUAUUAUUAGAAUUUAUAAAGCAUACAUCAUUUCUUUAGCAAGUUGAACCAUUAUUAUAAAUAUGAUUAAAACCAACCACUAGAUUUGCUGGAAUUUCAUAAUUUCCCAAUCAAACAAUUCAUUCUCCUUCUGUUAGAGCAUUAUAAUGAGUAGGGACACUGAAUAGCAUGCAUGUCUGGAUUUUCUUGGUCGUGAGGAAGAAAGAGUUUUUUUGACCAAAAUAACCUGGUUUACCUUUGACCCUAGCAGGCUAGCAGGCCCGGACAAAAAGUGAAACUAUAGAGAUUAAAACAAACAAGUGAAAAGAGAAGUGUUUUUUUUUGGCAACGAAAAGAGAAGAAAGUUCAUGCACCCGUCUCUCUUGCUAGUUGCUACAUGUUAUUAUUAUAUUCUCAAGUUGCGUUAUAAGCCAAUUAUAUUUCAAUGGUCCACCAUUAUAGGCACAUCCCACUCAAACUGUUUUUAAAAAGAAAAACUAAAUAUUUAAAUAACCACUUUAUUAGUUUGGUACAUCCUCUUAAACUAUUCUUAAUUAUCUCUCAAGAAGUUCACAAACAAAAGAUUACCCCUCUAAGCUUUUAUUUAAUUAAUUUUUAUGAGUAUCACACAUAUCCAAUUUCUAAAAUGUCUGAUUAAUCCUGGAAUGAUUGAAUUCGAAUAUAUCUUCUUGCAAUAUUUUAUGCUCUCUAAACUUCUAUAUAUGUAUAUGUUUUUAUUUAAUUAUCAAUGUACAUGGUCACCUUACAAAAGAUGAUUACUCUCAUAAAGUGAUAAAACUGCCAUCGUAAAUAUUCAUACCAAUUGCAUACAUUAAAAAUCCGAGGUUUUUUGAACCUUUUAAACCUAAAAACUCUACUGGCGACCGAGAUGCAUGCUCUUGAGAAACAAAAGCCAACGUGGCAAAUAUAUGCCAUGUCAUCAAAAUGAUGACCUCAUGUAUUUUGUCGGAAACACGCCGCCGUACGUCAAUCCCUCAAUCUUGGUCUUGUCCCUCGUGGAACAAUGCACCUACUUAUGUGUAUCUAUUGAUCGUAUUAGAGAUAGAUCUUAUUACGUAUUACCUUCUUUUUUGGCUUCUUUCUAUUAUAUUAUCCCCAUUUUGCGUUUUCGGAAUAAAUAAUUAUUGGAGGCAGCCUUGCUAUCAAUUUGACCCAAUGAUAUAAAAAAUUUAGAUGUUUUUUUAUCUGAUACGUACGUUCCACAUCUCGUAUAUAUAUGCUAUAUACUUCCCAAACUUAUAACCACUUAAUAACGAGAUCUAAACAAAGAAAACCGUUUGAAAGAAAAAAAAGUGAAAAUGGAGUUUCAAACUAGCUUCUUUUCUGAAAACCAAAGUCAAGACUCUUCUACAACAACAUCAUGGAGCUCACAAGAAUCGUUCUUGUGGGAAGAUAAUUUAUUACAUGAUCAAUCCUUCCUCUCAGUUAGCCCUUCCUAUUACUUUGAUGACUUCUCCACAUUUGAAGAAUCAAUCAUCAAAGAAGAAGAAGGUGCAACCGUUGCUGCCAACAAGCAGGAGGAGGAGAGAUCAUACAGAGGAGUGAGGAAGAGGCCGUGGGGGAAAUACGCAGCGGAGAUAAGAGACUCAUCGAGGAAAGGUAUAAGAGUGUGGCUCGGUACGUUCGACACUGCGGAAGAGGCGGCUCUCGCUUAUGAUCAGGCGGCUUUUGCUUUGAAAGGCCACCUCGCAGUACUCAACUUCCCCGUUGAAGUUGUUAAGGAGUCUCUCUGGAACAUGGAGAAUGUGAAUUUCAACGAUGGAGAGUCUCCGGUGAUAGCUUUGAAGAGAAAACACUCCAUGAGAAACCGGCCUAGAGGAAAGAAGAAGUCUUCUCCUUCUUCUUCGUCUUCUUGUUCCUCGUACUCUUCUUCUUCUUCGUCUUACUCUUCUUCUUUGUCGUCAAGAAAUAGAGAACAGAGUAUUGUUACGGAUCAAGAAACAGAGGUUGUGGUUUUUGAGGAUUUGGGUGCUGAAUACUUAGAAGAGCUUAUGAGAUUAUGUUCAUGAUCAUCACUACUUCCACUAUUUCAUGAAAUUUGAGUGAGCUCUGUUUGUUUUUUUAAAUAUAGUUUAUUGUUGUUCAAUGAAAGUUUUGGAAGAGAUGUGUUGGCGAUGUUGGAAGUGUAUCGACAGUUUGUAAAUCACUCUACCUUAAUGCUUAUAAUUUCUUAAUAUAUUUUAAUGUGUAGUUAUUAGCUAAUAUUUAUAUUUAAUCAAUAUUUUUAUACAAAUAUUAAAUGUUAUAAGGUAAACAUAUCAUAUAUAUAUAGUUCAAAAAAAACAUACCAUAUAUAAUGACAAUAAUAUUGGAUAACAAUAAACUAUGCCAUAUAUACUACAUUUAUAAAGUAAACAUCUAUAUGGUAUAUUGGAUAACAAUAGGUUCCGAAUGGUAAUUGCGGAUAGAACGGUGCGGAACAAGCAGUUUAACUGCGGUCCGGUUCUCACAGUUAUAAAAACGUAUAGAUAUAUAGUAUAUGUAAAGAUUUUUGUUACUGUUAACUGCGGUAUAGUGCGAAACGGUUUGUAAUAUUCAAAAUCUAUAUUAAACUAUGUUAUAAAGUAAAUAUAGUACAUGUGUGAAUGUUUUUAAAUAUUAAAUCAUAGUUGAAACGAUCAACUCUUAAAUCUUUAUUUUAAAGGUUUUGCUUCCAUUAGAAUAAAAUGUAUGGUUAGAGAUGCUCUAACAAACUUAGUGUCGCUAUUUUAAUGAAAUUAUCAUCAAUCUUAUCAAAGUGCAAUUCUAAGUUGAUCAAACAGAAAUAAAUUUAAACAUUGUUUUAAAUGUAUUUAGGUUUAGUAAUAAACCUGCAAAGAGUUUUUAGCAAAAAAAAAGAAAGAAAAACAACAACAAUGAUUCUUACUAAGGAUAAAUGGGUAAUGUAAUAAAUUUGAGUGCAACUUUUCAUCCUGAAACCAAUAUCUAGAAAAAAUAUUGGUAACAUGAGUUACCAUUAAAUUAGUUUGAAUUAAAAGUUUAAUUCUAACCACGUGCUAAUGGUACAGUGGUAAAAUUCAACCUGAGAAGUUAUGGGUUCAAGUGCUGUUGGGAAGUGAUUAUCUCGAAGGACCUUCGGAUCCAAUACAGAGAAGCCUGCUAUCGUGUGACUACUGGUGGAAUUUACAUGAGGUGAUCACCAGCCCUCCUGAAUGCUUCGGCGGGCUCUCCGGCUAAGCUCCAGUGGACGGUCAUUGGCGUUAGUCGGAUCCUCUCGAGACUCCGGUUACCAGGAUCAUCAAAAAAAAAGAAUUUAAUUCUUUGAUAACUCAAAAAUGUCACCAAUCAUGAAUUAAAUCGAAAUUUUAGGCUCCGAUUGAUGACAUAUAGUAUCAACUUUACGUUAUCAUAAACGUUAUAAUUCGAUAUAAAUUAUAGUAAGAAAAUAGGGAGAUUUACCAAAUAUGAUUCAAAGCUUGAUUUUGAUUGCAAAAGUAUACCCAAACUUGAAUCAAAUGCAAAAGUAACUCAAAAGCCUUGUGAAAUUACAGCCAACCCCUUGUGACCAAACAAAAAACAGAACUCAUUUUUACGAAUAUAUCCGCGCUAAGUCUUCUGAGUCUUCUGAGAUUCUGUUAAGUCUUCUGGACGAUGUCCACAGAAGUCGUCUGGUAUAGUUGAUCUUAAAAAUAAUUUAUAAAUUUUGUAAAAAAUAUUUUGAAAAGCGAAAAAUUAAAAUCAUGUAAUUAUAAACAGUUUUAAGUGAUAUAAAUUAAGAUAUAAUAAAAUUGAAUUAUUUUCAACAUAGGCGAGUGAAAGUAGUGAAUCAUGAUAUUCUUUGGUCUAGAGUUAGACACCAUAUGUUGUAGUAUUGUAUGUAUUAUUAGGGUUAGAUUUUGGAAAGCUUAAAUUUUUUUUUGAAAAAUUAAAUUUUUAUCUACAUGUGAUAAUUUAUGUGUAUAGUAAACAAUUUUUAAGUUUAAUUUGAUUUUAUGAAGUGCUUAGUUAGUUAAGUUAAUUUAGUUUAGGGGUUAUGUUUAGGGUAUAGACGACUAACAUGUAAGUCGUCUGGGAAGUCUUCUAACUCCCGCUAAAAAUAUUUUAGAUUCCCGCUAAAAAUAUUGAAGUCUUCUGGCCGACUUACAAGUAAGUCGUGUAGCAAGUCUUCUGAUCGAAAAUAUUUAACCUUAUUGGAAUUUUUAUCUCCAUAUAUAAAGAAAAAUUUACACAUUCUCUGUCCUCCUCUCAAAUGGUUUCAACAAAAAUGAUAUGUUCCUCAUUCUAAAACUCUCCAACAUUUCUCUAAUCUCUUUGAACUUAUAAACACCAAACUUUAUAUAAAUUUAUUGUUUUUGUCUCAUGUCUUUCUCACUAAUUUAUCUGUUUUACAGGUUUUUCAUCACAUGAUUCUCAUCUUCCACUCAUUUAAAGGUGAUUUAUUAAUUUUAGAUAUGUAUUUUUGUGUGUUCUAUAAAGGUAGAUCUAUCUGAUAUUCCACUCAUUUUCUCUGUUUUUAAGCCAUUUGAACGUCUUUGGAGAUGCAGGUUAUUCAGAUCUGGAAGACUUCUGGGCUAGAAGACUUCCAGACGACUUUCAGAAAGUUUUCCAGACGACUUUCAGAAAGUUUUCCAGACGACUUCCAGGAAGUCUUCUGGCGGAGUCUUCUCCCAUGUCUCCCUUUCAUAAUAGAUCUGAGCAUUUUGGUAAGUUCUUAUGUCUGAGUUUUCUUCAUUUGGUAACCUCGUGUUGCAUAAAAUUCAUACAUUUUUUUCCAAACUAAGAAUCUCCAAACCCACUCUAAUCUCUUUGACUUGAAUACACUAAACUUUAUAUAAAUUUUUCAUUUUUGUCUCAUCUCUUUCUCACUAAUCUAUCUUUUUGUUGCAUGUUUUAAUCAGAUGGUUCUCAUCUUCCACUUGGAUGUGUACUUUGUGUGUUCUAUAAAAGUAUGUCUAUCUAAUUUUUCACUCAUUUUCUCUGUUUUUAAGCUAUUUGAAUGUUUUUUAUAUGAUAUGCAGGUUUUUCAGAUCUGAGUUUGAUAUACAUGUUUUUCAGAUCUGGAUCAGACUUUGGAAGACCUAUGGAAACUCUUCUCGGAAGUCUUCUGAAAUAUAAUGCGCUAGAAGACUUCCAGUCUUCCAGACGACUUCAAAAAAGUCUUCCACACGACUUCCAAGAAGUCUUCCAGACGACUUCAAAGAAGUCUUCCAGACGACUUCCAGGAAGUCUUCUGACGGAGUCUUCUUCCAUAUCAAAUGGAGUCUAAGCUUGUCUUUGUAGAGGAAUGAUCUAUAAUAGUUUUGUUUGUGGUAUAUUUUGUGAUUUGUAUGUAUACUCCUUUAGUUGUGACUUUUUUUGUAAAUUUGAAGAGAUAUUAAUGAAAAAGUUUGGUAAAUAUGUUCAUUUUCCUCAACAUUAUCUUGCUAAAAUUACUUGACAUAAUUGAAGUUAUUGAUACAAUUUCAAUACCAAAACACAAUAACCGAAAAAUUAAUCAAAUUUAUUACAACUAAGGGAGAAGAAUUCUCAAGAAAACUUAGUCAAAUUCACAAAAGACAAAACAUUACAUAAGUUCAAAGCUAGAACACUUUCAUUAGAUACAUAAGUAAAAAGUAUAUCUUAUGAUUUGAGAAGACUCAUUAAACCAUAUUACUUGAUAGUUACUUAACACUUUUAAAAAUUAAAUAAACAUAUAUUAAAGUUAUUUAACAAAUUUACAAAAACUAACGUAGAAGACUUCCACGAAAGUCUUCUCAAUUAGCUAGAAAAUUUACUAAGCAUGAAUGUUAACCUCCUAAAUAUCACCAAUUAAGUUAUAAAUUUCAUUCAUUAGCCCCAAUAUUGACUAAUAUACAUGAAUUAAUAAAAAAAAAUUAAAAAAAGUCUUUUACUAGUUAGUCCAUUUAUAAACUAUUGGUUCCAUUUAAACUAUCUAAGAUUAUUUCUAUAAUUUAAUUGCUAAAUUUAUUUGGUACUAAAGGUUUUUACAUACAUUAAAUUAUAUGUAAAUGUUGUCCCAAGAAAAAAGUUGUCAAAAACAAUUUAUAUGUAAAUAUAUAUGUACAUUUUGGUAGAAUAUUUACAUAAUUAUAUUACUUUAUUUCCUUAAUUUUAGUUUAAUUUAAUUUACUUAGUUUAAUAUAUUUUAAAUUUAAUCAAUUUUAUAAUAAAUUUAAUUAUUAUUUAUAAUUUUUUGUUAACAUAUUAAGUUAUUAUUGUUAAAUGUUAUUAUUACUGAUAUUUAUAUUUUAUAUAUAUAUAUAUAUGUAUACAUAUACUGCAAUUUAUACAUCAAAAACGUUACGAGUCACCAAUCAAAACCUUAAAGUUUGAAUAUGAAUUAGAGUGAGUUAUGCUUGAGUUACCACUUACCAUUUUGAAUUAUGUGCUUUGUAAAAAUGUUAACUCAAAAGUUAACCCAAAAUUAUGGAAAAGAUGAUGGAGUCAUGGAGGAAAAGUAGAAGUUGAGUUAGUAUUUUUUUUUCCUUUCAACAUUUUGUCAUCAAAAUUUAUUUUCUUGUUUUUUGUUUUGUUUUGUAUUUCUACUUAUUCCAACUAGAAAAGUUAGCUACAUUAUUUAAUUUUUUGAUAUUAUAUACAACAUUUUCUCUAAUUACUUGGUUGAGUUUUUCUUAAAAACUAAAUAGUUGUGAUAAAUGCAAGAAAUCGAAGCAACAUGCAUGAUUAGUUAACAAAAUCAUCACUUAAGACUUCACUAGAAUAAUGUUUAUUAUUAUUUUAAAAUCUAAAAAUGUUUUUGUUUUCAGUUUAGUCAUAUACUCCUUCCGUUUCAGAUUACUUGUCGUUGUAGGAUAAAUUUUUUGUAUCAAAAUAAGUGUCGUUUUAUAAUUUCAAUAUAAAGUUUACUGAUCUUAUAUUUUCAUAUAAUUUUCAAUUGGUUGAAAUGUGGUUAGGUAUAUUAGUAAUGAUGUUUUUAUCUAAUAAAUAUACAAAAUAAAAUGUUUUCUUAAUCUUUAUGCCGAAGCCUAAAACGAGAAGAAAUCUGAAACGGAUGGAGUAUUUUUUUUUAAAUUGCUCAAUAUAAUAUGCACAAUGUACGUAUUUAUCUAAAUGGGAACUACAUAUAGAAUUUUAUGAGGCACAUAUUUAUAUCUUAUUAGUAUUAUUUCAUUUGUUUUAUACUUAAAUAGUAUUACCUCAUUUAAAUUAUUUUUAUUACUAUUAUUUUAUUUUAUCUGUUUUAGCUUUUAUGAUUCUAUUAACAAAUUUUAUUUAUAUGAAUAUUUAAUUUUAUUUAAUUUAAUUUAUACAUCAAAAACGUUACGAGUCAAUAAGUAAAAAAAAAUUGUAACUCAUAUUUUUCCAAAUAAAACUACAAUUUCUUCCAAAUGAUUUUUACUGAAACUAACAGCCCACCGAAUUAUUAGAUCUACAGCAACUCAAUUUUAAUAUUAUUUAUUUAUGGGGUAACCAAAAAAAUAUUAAAACUAUUUAUUUUGGAUUAACUUUAUGGGGUAACCAGAAAUUUAUUAAAAUAACUUAUGGGUAACUAAAAAAUUUGGGAGCUAUUUGAAUUUAUUUAGAAGUUUCAAAAUGACUCACUUUAAUGAAAACUUUCUGUAAAAUUAUGGAUUAAAAAAAAAAGAUAUAUCUAAAUAUCAACAUUUUGGAUAAUAAAGAUUUUAUGUGACCAAAAAAAAAAAAAAAAAGAAAAGCAGAAGAUUAUAUGUUCGGUAGGAAUCUGAACCGUACACGCCGACAAAUAGCCAUUACCCGAACAUAACUCACUUUAGACCUAACCCUUUACCCCUAAAUGAUCAAAGCCAGAUUCCAAUCUCCAACCUGAUGGCAGAAUAUCUAUCGUUAAUUUUCUAUAGGAUUUGUAAUCCCAAAAGCAGGUAUGAUUACGAAGAAAUGGCGGAAGCUCGAGCAGAGGCAGAACGCAGGGGGUUUGAGGCAGAGCUCAAGAGGUUGAGAACAAUCUCAGAAGCAGAGGAAUUGAGGUU